AGAUUUUCAAAGUGGACUAUUUUUUAUGACGCAGUUUCUAUAUUCUGCUGGUGUUUCAGUGUGCCAAUUUAUUAAAGUUAGACGUUCUUUUUAAAAGGGAAACUUUUUUUUCGUGAUCGUUUCUCGAUCACGAACAGCGUAGCCCUUAAGCCCGUGUAAUUGGAUUGCCAAAAUGUCUGCAGUCGUGCGGCAGCUUGUCCUCCGGCCCGCUGCCGGGCGUGCCCGUUGCCCAUAGUUUAGAAGCCCGGCAGCAACUUGAAGAUGUAGUGAAUAUAUAUUGUUUUCCUUUUUUUUUUAUUGUUUAUCUUUCGCCAGUACAUGAAAUCUAUUGCCUUAAACGCACAGUAUUUUUCCAUCGUCUAACUUGUACUACUUACUUAAAAAACUUAGUGUCGCUUUGUUUUUGUUCCAAUCGCAUUUAAAGCAUUCAUCAGGGUCGAGGAAAUUUGCUAUUAGCUUUAAACGCUAUGUCCUUUUUUAAUGCUUGUGGUUUCCGCACGCAAAUUUUCCAUUUCCUUUGACGCAUGCAUAUGCAAACGUGGCCACUCUUGUGAGGACAGCGACUAUGCGAGGACAGCUUCUAGCAAAAGACUGGGCACCUUUAUCGACCCGCCCGGUUUGUCAAUUUCCAGUAAAUUGCAUUUAUCGUCAAGGAAAACGAUCGAUAAAAUCUAGUAAUUUCAAGUUUUACUCCUCACGCUGGAACUCGGAAGCCAUACCGAAGGAGAGACGUGCAACGUGUGUAAGGCCAACCGCGUUUCCUUUCUACUCAGAGCGUGCCUGUUGACAAUUAUCAGCUUUUACAUGUCGUGUUGGCAGGUAGAUUAUUGGCUGACGUCAAUCAUGUUUUAAUGCGUGACAACCACAAGUGGUAACCUUACACUCAACUUGAAUUGCAAAUUAUGCGAGGGAUAAGCAGAACGAUCUCGCUAUUUGAAAGGAUUCUCCGAUCAUUUGACAUGUAAAAGUUCUUUAUUUGGCUGUUGUGCGUGACAAUGUUUGAUACCUGUCAACAAAGUGGUGACGAAGUAAAAGGCAUUCAUGCGUGUUCACAAGAAACACUCGAAAACCCGAAGUUUGACGCGUGUAACGCGUCACAAUCAAUCAUUCGAUAUAGCCUCGUUAUCUCACGAACACUUACAGGUGUACCUGAGAACGACGUUUAACGAAAACAAGUAACGCAACAGCGAGAAAUAAUGGCUAAAUGGUACAACGUGCGCGUUGUGUCCAACAGGAUAGAUUGCUUUGUCUAUCUCGAGGCGCCCAACAAAUGUUUUACACAGAUCUACUGUUCUUAAUGGACAACUCGUGCCAGAAUCUAGGACGUCCUUUGCAGUUUGUUUUUAUUUCUUUCUCCUUGCUCAGCAAUGGCCACUUCAAAUGCAACGUGGAGUACUCCCUCCAUUCGUAAUAUAACAGCCUCUGAUUGAAAGACGAAAUGUCUCCAAAUCGUCUUGCUCUUUCAAUCGGAAUUGAAUAACAAAAGGCUUGUCUCUAAAAAUAGUUUUCUACGGAGUGGGAAGUCGGUUGUGUCGUCAUAGUCAAACCAUUUUUAACGUCAGCGAUGAAGAAGAGAGUACAUUUUCCAGUCACUUGCCAUCAUUUAGCUAAAUCCAUACUAACUCAGUCAGGAUGCACUUGAGCGUCAUGCUAACGAUUGGGUUAUUUUAGUACUGCCGUUGAAAAUACAAUCAUUGCAAUGGCUCGUUGGAUGUUAAACGCCGCACACCUACGCGACGGGGAAAAAAAAUCGACUGUUGGAAGAAGAAAAAAUGAUCACAUUUUCCCUAUCUUUGCCGAAAUAAGAAAAAGGAGAUGCUGAGAAUUGGAAGCUCCUAGUAUGACGUCUGCGCCGCACCGCGUUUUCGACGUCCUAUAGUCUGAUGGUGAAGAGGUGCACCAAACGUGCGCGUCACAACAAAAGCUCCCGCUAUAUAUACUGGAGCCUUCCGACAUUGAAACAUGUUAGUCGCCAUCUACCUUUUCGAUUCGCUUGCCACGAGUUACGCCAACCUUUUCUUAUAAUAGAUUUAUCUGCUGGGCUUCUUCAUUGAUUACCACAAUCUACAGUUGGGUUUGCCGAGUACAUCAGCCAGCCGGGUACCGGCCCAACAGAGAAUCAGCAGAGAUGGCAGAUUCAGUUAUUGAAACGGUUGAAUGUAACACGAAUGUGGCUCCUGUUGAAGACCUGUUGCAAACGGCCUCUCAUCAGAAUUGCCAGCGUUUAGUUGUGCUCGGCUCCGCUCGAUCCGGCAAGUCCUCCCUCGUCGCUCGGUUUUUGAGUAACAAAUUCAGCGAUUCUUAUACACCAACCAUCGAGAAUUUCUAUCGUAAAGUGUAUCGCAUCCGCGGCGAAGUUUACCAGCUGGACAUUUUGGAUACAAGCGGCAACCAUCCCUUCCCAGCCAUGCAGCGACUUUCCUUCAUAACAGGUGACCUGUUCCUGUUGGUCUUUAGCGUCGACAGUCGCGAGUCGUUUGAAGAAGUUGCCCGGUUACGGUCGCAGAUCAUCGAAACUAAAUGCCAUAUCGGCGGACGGCGACCAGUUACACAACAAUCGUUUCGAGGAAGUAAAAAAACGAGUACGCCCAGUCUCGUCCCCAUGAUAAUCGCUGGUAACAAAUGCGACCGAGAGAUGAGGACGGUGACGGCGGAAGAGUCGGCAAUGCUAUGCUCGGGAUUUGCCGGUUGUGGCUUUGUCGAGACAUCAGCCAAGAAGAAUUGGAAUAUCGACGAACUGUUUCGUCAACUCUUUCAGCUGGCCGAUCUUCCGGCCGAAAUGGCCCCCAAUUCUCAUAGAAGACUUUUGCCCGCUCAGCUGUUGGGGUCGUCGAGUUCCGUGCCUCUACCGCCCAUGUUAACCUCAUCGCCAGCGGCGCAGACUAAAAAGAAGGGAUCACGUCGUUUUCAGGGACUAUCCAUCCGGAGACGAAUGAGCGACGCUUACGGCGUAGUGGCUCUCAACGUACGCCGACCCUCACUCCACACGGAUCUCAUGAUUAUGAAGAAGAAAACUUCACAAAGGCAACCAAACUCUUCGUCGUCGAAUUCGCCAUCGACUAGGACCCGAUCGUUCCGUUGCGUCAUCCAGUAAAAUCAAAGUCAAUGGACAAAACUAUGAACUUAAACGAUAUUCCUAUUUUGCGGAAGAAUUUCAAAAUUGUAUUCGUUUUUGUUUUUUUUUACCUAUUGCGUGUUACGUUAAUCCUCCCCUUGGUGUAGAUGAUUUCCAUAUACCUGCUGUACUGUUUAUACCAUGGCAACAUCCAAUAUCGUGGACAGCAUUUGUUUCUGGUGUUUGAUAACUAUCAAGAUGCCACGAAUAAAUAAAAACACGACACAUAAAAAUUCCACUAACCACAUGUCUAGUAUAUUCUAAAAUCAAAACACGCAUCAUUGCAGAGAGAAACAGAAACAUGGGAUCGACAUAUUAUUUUAUUGAAAUUUUUUUUGGGGGGUAAUUUUUUUUUCCUUUAUUCUUGCCUUCGUUUUCUUCCCUCCAUUUUUCCGCAAUUCUUUUUUUGUGUUUUAAUCCAUUUUUUUUUUUUUUUUGCAGCCUAUGUAUCAAACUGGACGCUUUCUAUUCAAUGACAAAACUUUUGACCACUGAUAAAAGAUAUAUAGUUUAGAAAACAAGGAGUGUGUGGCGUGUAAGGCGACCAGGAUUCAGGUUGAACUAUCUUGUUUUGUUUCUUUUUUUUUUUUUUUUACAUACUCACGUCCUCUUUUUUUUUUUUUCAAUUUUGGAUUACCAUGCAAAUCACAUCGACAACACGGUAAAGUAAUAAUUAGUUUGUCUUUUCCUUUUACCGGAGUGGGGCACGCUCGUGUAGUUUCUAACAGACACAGUGCAUGCCUUUUGUUUUUUUGUUGAUUUUUGUUUUGUUUUUUUGUUUUUUUUUUUGGAAAAGAGGGAAGGAAAACCUAUCGACAUUUUUUACUUUACUUUUUUUUUUGACAAUAACAUCAACACUAUUUGAUUAAAACCUGAAACCGACUCCGGUAGCCUUUUUUUUUCGAUUGCAUCUCUUGUUGAAGGGAGAAACAAAGAGAAGUGAAGAAAACAAAUUGGAGAGCAAUAAACAUCGACAUCAUCACGAGUGGGACAUGGGCUUGAGGGUGGUUUAAAGGGGGGAGGGGGGAGGCGGGCGUAAUACACACGAAUAUGUAAACAUUUCAAUUAUAUAUCGUUCAGCAAUUUAGUAGCCAUGAAAAAAAAAAAAAUUAUCGAGUUCCUUGAAAGGAAUUGAGAGACAAGAGAGGGCUCUGUGUUUUCUUCUUUUUCAAUUUUUUAACGAUACGAAAGAGACACGCACAAAUGGCCAUUGAUUUUCUAUAUGAUAUAAUAUAGUCAACUUGUCUUUUGACCUUACAGCAUUUAAGUCAAGAUGUCUGGCUUCAUAUCUUCAGUUUUUUUUCCUCUCAAAUGGAGCACAACACAUCACGACUCGCAUCAAAAUGCUGUUGUUUUGUUUGUUUUCGCUUGUUCCUUCCCCAAACAAAUGGCCACGCAAAGCAAGUGUAAAUAAUGAUAAUAGUUUCAAAAAGAUAGGUGUUAUCAAUCCAAAUAAUAAUAUUAAUAAUAACGUCGGGGGAACAUAAACUGCGAAGACGACCAGACUGACGGAACACUAGGUUAUUAUGCUUUUCUCACCCUUUUUCCUUUUAAGACACUUGCCCACUGAACAAAAACUGAGCGAGGGUCGAGGACUAACACAAACACAAUUUUCCAGUCUAGUAAACCAGUUUGUUGUUGUUGCAUGAACCGCAACGUUCAACGCCCCCCCCCCCCUAAAAAAAGAAUAAUUAAAAAAGAAAAAAAAGGUGAGAGAGGAUAAGGGGGGCGAUAAUAAUCGAAACUUAGAAACGAAAAGGGGAUAGGCGCGGAAAACACACGAUAUUGAACACUCGGGACGACAUGAGUCUAGAAAAAUGUCUGAAGCUUUUUAUGACCCUACACCCGCGGCAUGUCGAUAUUAUAGACUCAUGAAUUCAUUGAAAAUUUCAAACG